AUGCAAUUGACAGCAUCAACAGUCGCAGCCAUCCUGGCCUUCACCGUGGCCCAGGUGGGUGCGCUUCCCUCUCCUCAACAGACCACCACCGGCGAUUCUGUGGCGGCAGCAACAUCAUCUUCGACUCCCGCAGCACCGCCUAAUCCAACUGCCGAGUCUGGUGCUGGUGCGCCGGUACACUAUGCCGAGGAGGCGGACUAUCCUGAGGACGAGGCCUACUAUGUGGUCGAGAAGCGCUGGACGCCCUCGAACCAUCCUUCCGGCCAAGGACAACACCCUGGUGCGCCGAGCAAUGGCAAUGAAAUGACGCAUAGCUGGCCUGGUGCCGGUGCCGCUGGUCAUCCUCAUCCAUACCGGGGCCAGCACUACGGCGGUCCAGGCUUUGGCUCCCAUGGUGGUGCUGCCGCUGCUCACGGUCCCAUGGCAUCCGAGUCGGACGAGUACGACGACGACUACGACUAUGACUACGAGGACGACGACGAGCCAGCUACUGGUCAUCUUUCCCGCCGCGGCGUUGACGUGGACAACGACGAAGAAGAAGAUGGAGAAGACUAUGAGAACGAGAAUGGGAAACGACUCGACCGUCGCUUCGGCUUCAAAAUCAAGCAAUUCAAAUGGUGGCAACACCAGACCAUGAAGCCGCUCGACUUCGUCGUCGGUAAUCCCAAUAUUCGGAAUUUGAACUUCAAGGAUGGUGCCCGUACCACGCCUUUGGGAGUUGGGAUGAGGCGUCGGCGUCGGGAUGUGCCGGCUCCUGGGGCUGGACAGCAAGGGGAACAGAAUACUCCCGCCACGCCUGACGACACCGCCUAUCAUGGUAUCGCUCAAGAUGCUGACGGUAAUUAUUACUUCUAUUACCCCGAGGAGCAGGAGGAGGAGGCGAAGAACUAG